AUGGGCCGGCUUCGACAAAGCUUAUGCCACCCAUUUCGCAGAUAUAAGGCGACUGGCAAGGUGCAAAGCAAGGAAAACCAAGAGAAGGUCCAAGACAACACGACCAACGCUCUACUAUCAACUUCUUCUAGCCAGCCCACUAUCCGCACAACCCAGUCGACAGAACCUUUCAGACCACUGGACUUGUGGCAGACCGCCUAUGACCAGCUAGAUGAGGAGGACCAAAGGGUUUUAUCAAACGUCCAAGUGACGGCGAACUUUGAUUUGGUUGGUGAGGUGAUCCACCUAACAACGGAGCAAUACGAGCAAUAUCAGCAGAAGGCGACUGGAAAACUUCGGGCAUCCUCUAAGAAAAUCAUUAAUGCAAUACUAUCAUUCAAAGAUAUUAUUGGCGCUGUUGCGGCUUUUGACCCUACCCAGCAUGCAGCUAGUGUUUGGGCAAUCGUGUCACUCGGAUUAACAAUGACCCAAAAUCAUCAUGACCUACGAGAUGCCUUAUUCAACUCAUCGGAAUACCUGGCGGACGUUCUUGCGCAGUGUGCCUUCAUCGAGAAGAAAUAUUACCUUGACGGCAGCCUUAGUAUCAAAGAGGAGCUGGGAAAGGCGUUGAUCGGACUCUACAGAGCCAUCCUACACUAUACAGCACUGGUACAAAAGACCCAGACUGCUAGCGUGGGAAGGAAAUUGCUGGACUGUGUUACCGCCCUCACCGAGCACCCGCUCACCGAGCUCAAGGUAUCUGUUGAAAAGGAAAGGGAACGCUUGCGCCGGUGGAUUGAAUUAGGGGAAUAUCUCCACCGUGAAGAGGACGCAGAGAAUAUCCUUCACAAAAUCGAUGAGCUAGCUGAAUGUAUGAAUUCGCUUAUUGAACAGUUUAGCCUUGCGAACCUACAUAUCGCGGGAGGUGCAUUCUAUGACUCCUAUAUCAACGAACAUGAGGAUUUCUGCCUUCCAGAGACCAGGACCAAGCUUCGUUCCCAGAUUUUAGAGUGGGCUGAAUCGCCAGAAGGUAAAUGUAUCUUUUGGUUGAAUGGAAUGGCGGGAACCGGCAAAUCUACCAUUGCCCGGACGGUCGCUGAAUCUUUCCAAAACCAAGGACUGCUUGGUGCCUCGUUUUUUUUCAAGCGGGGUGAAGCUGACCGUGGUAACGCGAAAUAUUUAAUAUCAACUAUCACAAGACAGCUGGUAACUAGGCACCGGCGACUAGUGCCUGAUGUCUUGAACGCUAUCAAGAAUGAUCCGAAUAUCGCAUCUAAAUUUCUCAGUGAACAGUUUGACAAGCUUCUUUAUCAGCCCCUGCUAAGGCUGUGUCCACACCAAUCUACAACAAUUGUGAUUGUCAUUGACGCAUUAGAUGAAUGCGAUCGGGAAGAUGAUAUACAAGUUAUACUUCGACAUUUGUUUAAGUUACAGGCAAUCAAAUCUGUACAUCUGCGAGUAUUUCUGACAAGCAGACCUGAACUGCCAAUUCGCCAUGGCUUUAAGCAGGAUACGAACCAUCAGGACCUGGUUCUCCAUCAACUUCCUGCCCCGGUGAUUGAACACGACAUUCGUGUGUUCCUAGAAUAUAAACUUUCAAACAUACGGGAUGAGCGAGCACUUUCCCCCAACUGGCCAGGAAAAGAAAGUAUAGAAAAGCUGGUGAAGAUGGCUGUUCCUUUGUUUAUCUUUGCAGCCACUCUUUGCCGCUUUGUUGGGGAUAGAGACUGGCUUCCAGAAAAGCGUCUUGCAGCCGUUCUCCAAGAUGAAGCAGUAACAGCAACAUCUGACAUGGACAGGACAUAUAUACCGGUAUUGAAUCAACUCCUUGCUUCUAAGAAUAAGAGAGAUUCCAGGCAACUCUUGCAAGAGUUUCAAGAUAUUAUCGGAGUGAUUAUUCUUCUCGCUACUCCUCUUUCAGUGGUGGCUCUUGCGCAGCUGACUUCAAUACCGAAGGAUGACAUCAGCAAUCGAUUAAAUAGAUUUCACGCAGUCCUGAAUGUACCAGAGGACCUUGAAGCACCGGUCCGCAUUCUGCAUCUCUCAUUUCGAGAUUUCUUGGUUAGCACAGAAGGUGACUUCCAUGUUGACGAGAAGGAGACACAUGGAAAAAUAGCAUCGGACUGUCUCCGGGUUAUGGAAACUCGACUUAAACACAAUAUCUGUGGCUUAGCAAGCUACGGAACACAGCGCAAGGAUAUCGAUCCUGGGGUUAUUAGCCAAUACCUCACAGCUGAUCUAGAAUACUCCUGCCGCUACUGGGUGUAUCACCUAAAGGAGAGUACAGGUCAUAUAUCUCAGUCUGAGAUCCUGGCUUUUCUUAAAAAGCGGUUUCUUCACUGGUUGGAGGCGCUAGCUUUAAUUGGAAGUAUAUCUGAUGCAGUGGGAAUGAUAGAUAUACUGAAGUCAAGUAUAUGGGUGAGUCACUUUGAGUUCUACAGUUAA